AUGGCUUGCCAGGAGUUUACUGUUUUAUACACACAUCAGAAAACGAAAAAAUCCAAAGUAUGGCAAGAUGGAAUUUUGAAGUCCACUGUUGGUGGAAAUAAGGCAGUCUUGUGUGAUGUCAAAGGACAGGUCUUGGACAGUGUUUUUGUAAAGUUUCAGGUAAAAUCAGGAGAUGACUUGGAAAGUGAGCGAUUCUUAAUCACAGUCGAAGCAGAAAAAUAUCCUGAAAUUGAUAGUGGUAAUAGUCAGUCAAAGAAUACAAAAGUGCCCAUGUUAACCACAAAUAAUUUGAAGUCCUGUGCCUCGUCUCUGCAUUUACCAGUUGGCCUCAAAAGGAAAUUUACUGGUUUCAAAGGGCCACGCCCCAUGGAAAAGAAAAUGGCAACAGUGAAAGAACCUAUAGCAGUGGCACCACCCAAGUGUCCUGAAUCAUCUUUUCCUUCUCAGUUCUAUGUCUCUUCUCCAUUAUUUUCUGUUGCUUACCAGAAGAAGGAAGAGACUAACUUACUACCGGUCUUUAAAGGAGAUGCUAUCAUGAAUACUAGUGACACUGAGUCUAUCACUUCAGUGGCUUCCACGCCUUAUAUUGAUGACCACAAAAUGAUCCAUAAUCUUAGUCAUAGUACAGGGACUGAUCACUUAAAGCCAGAAUCUCACCUGGGUAAUGGACUGGCUAAUUUAAACUACCAUGCAAGCAAUAGUAUGGCGGUUUCACAGAACAUCAGGAGUAAAGGAGAGAUUAUUUCACUUCUCAAGUCUAAAACAACACUGCUUAGCAGGGAACAAAAAUAUUCUAUAUCCCCAGAGUGUGAACAUACCACUUCACUGAAUAAUCUACCAUUGCUAACAUCAGACUUUCAUCCAGAAGAUCUGCCUCUGUCUGAGCCAUCAAGGAGCACAGACUUUUUGUUUCAACAGAAGAUGGCACCUGUAUUGGGCUCUGUAAACAGCACUCAUAAAGGACCUACUGAACAUGUUCAGGCAGUACACUCCACAGCCAGAAAUGUGCAAGCAAAAAGUCGAUGGGAUGCAUACUUACCUUCACAUGUAUCAGAGGAACCUGAUGUAGAUGAUGCAGAACACAAUGAUGAGAACGUUAGUGACUUGCAGCCAAUUAUAAAGGACUUGAAAGAGGAUAGUGGUGCAAAUAGGGAACAGUACAACAAGGAUGACACAAACAUUGCCCAAAUUCCUGCUUCCUUGAGAUUCAGUAGUUCUCCCAUUAGUGAAAGUUCUAUUACAGAACAGCCACAUAGCUCUAUAGUAAUUGAAUCCAACAUGAAUAUUGGGAAUGACACUGAAGUUGUAUCACUUGGCAGCAUUCAGAAUUUAAAUUGUAUAAUGCUGAAAGCAUUUGAUGCUAAUCUUUUCAAAUCUAAUAAACACCCAACAGCUGAUAACUUAGACACAUGUUGCCAUCAAUCACAAAAUGCACCUUGUUCAGUGAUAAGUUCUGAAAAUUUCUCAGAUGGUCGGACCUAUGGAGCACCUGAUGAUCCAGCUAAGCAGUUUAUAGAAGUUAAUUUUAAUGUUCUGGAUGUACAAGAUUUUAGUGACACAGAGAAUGGAGAGUGUCAUGCAGAGAGCCCACUUUCACAACGUUUAGUGUGUUUGAAAGCAGUAAGGAAGGCCAGUGUUGAAAAAAUCAGUGAAGAAAAGACAGGUGUUGCUGAGGGGAAAGAUAACAUGCAAUCUGCAUUUCUACAAGAUAGCAACGUGAAUCGCUCCUUACAAUCUUGUGACAUGUCUGAGGAUGCUAAGAAGGAUGUGACUAAAUGUAAUUUUCUAAGUGAAUAUUCACAGGCCACACUUGUAAAUGAAAUAGUAGGGGCAAGUGCAAUUGGGGCCCAAAAUAUAGAUACUUAUAAAGGUCUUGACUGCAUUGGCAGAGACUUGUUAAAUGGAGUAUCAUAUUUUCAUCCUCAUUCAAAUACUUCUUUCAUGGACAAAAAUAACAAAGGUAUAGAGGUUAGAGGGAAUAAUUUGCAGCUUCCUUCUGUACAUAUUUGUGAUGAUAUGGAAUUAGCUAGUCCAUUGCAGGCUCUUGAAAAGAAUAGCAGUUCUGAUGGCUUUCCACGAUAUAUUACAGAUAAACAUGAUGCUCCAGAGAGUAGUUAUGCCAGGCCAAGCACUCACCCCUUAGAUUGUGAGACUUUUUCAGAUGAGCCACAAACGCAUAAGGAUGAACUGGAAGAUAUAAUCAGUGCCUCGGAGGCUUUUUAUGAAUUCACUGAAGAAAAUGAAAAGAACUCUUCAGUUGUCAGUUCUUCUAGCCUUCCCAAGUUGACAAAUGGCUUCAGCCUGUUAAGAGCACUUACGGAACAUAGCACAACAUUGGAAAGCUUGCAAAUGAUCAAGGAAAGUACUGGCAUAUCGUGUGAGAGAGGGAUUCUGUCAGAGAGAGACACUUCCAAAGAAGGACCUAAAGCUAAGCAAAGGUUUGCUGAAGUGUCUUAUUCUGAAGAUGCGCUGCUGUCUUCUUCCUGUUCUGGUGCACCUAAAAUGUGUUUUUCUUUAAGCGAUCAUGUAGAGAAACCCACAGCAGCUAUAGUUAAGAUGCUACAUGGCCAAAGUCCAGUUGGAGUGGCUGAAAGUCAAUCAAAGAAUGUCUCCAAGCUGUUCUUUCCCAGCGCAGAAGUAGUAAAUUGCAUUGAUCUUCCUAAGAGGCAAAUGUGUAUCCCAGCUGAGUUUCAAUCUUCUGCGCUCUAUAAACAGGUUUUCACUGCUGCUUUGACAGAACAUUUGAACAUAUUGCUCUUUGAGCUGUCACAAAGGCUACAUAAAGCUCUUGGAAAAGUGGAUAUAUCUUUCUAUACUUCAGCAAAAGGAGGGCAGGAGCAAACGCAAGACAAUUCUGCACCACUCUGCAACCACAAGAUUGCAGCCAAACUUGUUAUGGUUAAAAAACAAGGCCGAAAUAAGGGUCGCCUUUUCUAUGCCUGUGAUGCUCCAAAAGCUAAGCGCUGUGAUUUUUUCAAGUGGCUUGAUGAUAUAAAUCCAGGACAGAUCAAAAGUAGACCUAGUGUUGUAUUUCAUGAUACAAAGAGUAUUGGAACUUAUUUGAGGAGUCAGAACAUUUUUCUCCAUGAAGAAUGCCAACUUUUGGUGAGGAAAGCCUUUGGUAUUCAAAGAAAACGAUUUAGUAAGCUGAAGAAAUUUAAUGUUGCCAGUGCCGACUUUGACUGUGAUGCUAGGAACAAAUUAUAUCUGAAGCUGAACAGAAAAGAACACUCUUCCGUCUACAGCAAAGAUGAUCUUUGGGUUGUUUCUAAGACCCUAAUGUUUGAACCCUUGGACACUUUCAUUGCCUGCAGUGUUUUCUUUGGCCCGUCCUCUAGCAAUGAAAUAGAACUGGAACCUCUCAAAGGCUACAGCCCCUCAAACUGGCGUUCAAAUUCGAUUGUUCAUGCCUUGCUAGUUUGUAAUGCUAGCACAGAACUCACAACUUUGAGAAACAUAGAAGAACACUUUAGUUCAGCCACUUUACCAAUAAUGCAGCAUCUGCUUACAAAGCCCUUCAAAGAAGUUUCUUGUAGUAACAGAGUCAACAAACGAAAAUUUAAACCACCAGUGUUAAACACCAGUACAAUGAAUUGUGGACUUCUAAGUCCUGAAAUGACAAUAAGUCUGGCAAAUGAGAUGAUUCAGACAUUUCAGCUGAAUAAGGAUCAGGCCAUGGCACUGCUACAGAUAGGCAGCAUGAUGGCAUCGCAUCCAGUUGACAAAGAAACUGGGAAACAGCAACCCACCCCUGUAACAAUAAUACAUGGUGUGUUUGGAUCUGGAAAAAGUUAUUUGUUGGCCCUUGUUAUCUUGUUCCUGGUACAAAUCUUUGAAACUAGUGAAGCAAAUGAUGGCAACAAGUUAGCACCAUGGAAAAUACUAAUCUCUUCUUCCACUAAUGUUGCUGUGGACAGAGUACUGCUGUGUCUACUGGAUCUUGAAUUUGAAGAAUUUAUUAGAGUUGGAAGUAUUAGAAAAAUUGCUAAGCCGAUACUUCCUUAUAGCUUGCAUGCUGGCUCGGGACCGGAAAGUGAGCAACUGAAAGAGCUCUUUGCUCUGAUGAAGGAAGAUUUAACCCCAGCAGAAAAAAAUUACGUAAGGAAGACCAUUGAACACCAUAGGCUGGGCACCAACAAAGCUCUUCUGCAGCAGGUGAAGGUAGUGGGAGCUACCUGUGCUGCCUGCCCAUUCCCAUGCAUGAAAAAUCUGAAGUUUCCUAUAGUGGUGCUAGACGAGUGCAGUCAGAUGACAGAACCCACAUCCCUCCUUCCCAUUGCAAGGUUUGGGUGUGAAAAGCUGAUUCUGGUUGGUGACCCUAAGCAGCUCCCACCCACCAUUCAAGGGUCGGAAAGUGCACAUAAUAAUGGUUUGGAGCAAACCCUUUUUGACCGACUCUGUUUGAUGGGACAUGAGCCCGUGCUGCUCAGGACACAGUACCGUUGUCACCCAGCUAUCAGUGCCAUAAGCAACAACUUAUUUUAUGAUGGAAAUUUGGUGGACGGCAUUGCUGAGAUGGAUCGAAACCCUCUCGUAGACUGGUUGCCAACACUGUGUUUCUACAAUGUUAAUGGAUUAGAGCAGAUGGAAAGAGACAAUAGCUUCCACAAUAUGGCAGAAUCUUUUUUCUCUGUCAAGUUAAUCCAGUCUCUAAUUGCCUCUGGAAUAGAGGGGUCCGUGAUUGGAGUAAUAACCCUAUAUAAAUCACAAAUGAGCAAGAUUUCUAACUUGCUUGCUGCAGUAGAUACGGACACUUCCCAAAUUAAAGCUGUCCAGGUGUCCACUGUUGAUGCCUUCCAAGGAGCAGAGAAGGAAAUCAUUGUGUUAUCUUGCGUAAGAACAGGACAAGUUGGCUUCAUAGAUUCAGAAACAAGAGUGAAUGUGGCUCUGACCAGAGGGAAGCGACAUUUAUUGAUAGUGGGAAAUCUGAACUGUCUGAGAAAGAGCAAACUAUGGGGAAGUAUCAUUCAGCACUGUGCAGGAGGCAAAGAUGGAUUACAGCAUGUUGGCCAAUGCGAACAGAAAUUGAAUGACAUUCUUAAAGCUUACAUGGAAAGGAAGAAGGAAGAAGAAAGGAAACAAAAGGAAAAAUCUAAAAGUAAAUCACUUUCACAGAAAACAGAUGUAUAAAAUAUUUUUCUAUGUAAAUAGUGCCAAAUGUCUUUAAAAUUAUUGUUAAAUAUGUUUUAUGUUUCA